CAAACUCCCUGAGGAAACUAUGGUGUAAGAAAUAUAUACGAACUGUGGGAGGACUUCAAACUGACUGGAGAACUUUUUGAACUUGGAGACACUACUUUCAAAGAUUUUCUCCAAAUCUAAAGAUCUCAUCAUAUUCACAAAAUCAGAGCAUGUUUUAAACUUCCUAAAGUAGUGUUGAUAGGGUUCUUCAAGAGAAACCUCUUUACUAAAACUGUAAGAGUUACCGGUUUUCUGAAGGAAGGAAGAAAGGAUCUAGAAAACAGAGGAGGAGACAAAUGGGGGACUUAUGGACUCUGUUUUGUGGGGAAUCUAACUGUUCAGACACUGGUAGGAGGACAAGCAGUUUCAGUUUUGCAGCUUUUGCCAACCCCUCCUCAUGUAUCAACCAUGCAUUCCUAGUUUGCUUUGAUAUCCUGCUCUUAGCUAUGUUUGUAUCCAAUAUGAUUCAGAAAGCAUUAUCAAAAAGAGUUCGCAUUCCACCUCGAUUUCAAGGCUUUUCACCAUUGCAGAUAAUAUCUGCAGUCUUUAAUGGUUGUCUUGGAUCAGCAUACUUGAGCUUAGGCAUUUGGAUUUUGGAAGAGAAGUUGAGGAAAACCCACUCUGUUUUGCCUCUUCAUUGGUGGAUACUACUUCUGUUUCAUGGAUUCACAUGGUUGAUCCUGGCUUUAAUUGUGAGCCUUCGGGGAAGACAUCUUUCAAAAGCCCCAUUUCGGGUUCUAUCCAUUUUUGCCUUCCUGUUGGCAGGAACUAUCUGUGUUUUAUCUCUUUUCCCUGCCAUUGUCAACAAAGAAGUUUCACUCAAAACAACUAUGGACGUUCUUUCUUUUCCUGGAGCAAGUUUAUUGUUGGCAUGUGUUUUCAAGGAUUACAAUGAUGAUGAGAGUGAGGAGAUUGUUCAUGGAAGUGGCCUAUACACUCCUCUGAAGGAAGAGACUACUGGCAACAGUGAAGCUGAUUCUGGUAGCUUUGCUACUCCAUUUGCCACUGCUGGAUUCUUCAGCAGGAUGUUUUUUUGGUGGUUGAACCCUUUAAUGAGAAAGGGUACCGAGAAGAUUUUAGAAGAAGAAGAUAUACGUAAGUUGCGUGAGGUAGAUCAAGCAAAAAACUGCUACUUGCAGUUCUUGGAGCAACUGCACAAACAGCAACAGAAUCAGACAUUGUCUCAUGCGUCAAUCUUGAGGACAAUUAUUUCAUGCCACUGGAAAGAGAUUUUCAUUUCUGGUUUCUUUGCACUGCUGAAGACACUCUCUCUGUUGACUGGUCCUCUACUUCUUAAGGCCUUUGUUGAGGUUGCAGAAGAUCAAAAAAAUUUUACAUUUGAGGGCUGUGUGUUGGCCUUAUCACUUUUCCUUGGGAAGACCAUAGAAUCCUUAUCCGAAAGGCAGUGGUACUUUCGCAGCAGGAUUACUGGUAUGAGGGUAAGGUCUACUCUAACAGCAGUCAUUUACAAGAAGCAACUGAGAUUAUCCAAUGCUGCUAAAAUGGUGCACUCACCAGGAGAAAUAACAAACUAUGUUACAGUAGAUGCUUAUAGAAUUGGAGAAUUCCCUUUCUGGUUUCAUCAGACAUGGACAACAAUCCUUCAGCUCUGCGUAGCACUAGUUAUUCUCUUCCAAGCGGUGGGGUUCGCAACAGUUGCAGCCAUGGUGGUAAUAGUUCUAACGGUACUCUGCAAUGUGCCCCUUGCCAAAUUACAGCACAAGUUACAGACUAAGUUCAUGGCUGCACAGGCUCAGAGGGUGAAGGCUAGUUCUGAGGCUCUUGUGAACAUGAAGGUGUUGAAAUUAUAUGCCUGGGAAACCCACUUCGAGAAUGUGAUAGAAGCUUUAAGGAAUGUGGAGCUCAAAUGCCUGUCGAGGGUGCAGCUGCUAAAAGCGUAUUAUUCAUUCGUCUUCUAUGCAUCCCCUAUACUGAUCUCUGGUGCCACUUUCGGGGCAUGCUAUUUUCUUGGAGUUCCUCUAUAUGCUAGCAAUGUUUUCACCUUUAUAGCAACUCUACGGCUUGUUCAAGACCCUGUUAGAUUUAUCCCUGAUGUUAUUGGGGUGGUUAUUCAAGCAAAAAUUGCAUUCUCACGGAUUGUGCAGUUUCUUGAGGCACCUGAGUUGCACAGUGGGAAUGUCCAGAAGAAGAAUAGCAUGGAGAUUGUAGAUCACUCUAUUCUAAUCAACUCGGCCAAUUUUUCAUGGGAUGAGAGUCUAUCAGAGCUGACACUAAGAAGCAUCAACCUAGAGGUUAGACCUGGUGAAAAAGUCGCUAUAUGUGGAGAAGUCGGCUCAGGUAAGUCAACCCUUCUGGCGGCAAUUCUAGGGGAGGUUCCUAAUACUCAGGGAACUAUACAAGUCCGUGGGAAGAUUGCUUAUGUUUCUCAGACAGCAUGGAUUCAGACAGGAACUAUACAAGAGAAUAUUCUUUUUGGGUCUGAAAUGGAUACUCAAAGAUACCAUGAAGCACUUGAGAGAAGUUCAUUGGUAAAGGACCUUGAGAUGUUCCCCCAUGGUGAACUCACUGAAAUAGGUGAAAGAGGAGUUAAUCUAAGUGGUGGGCAGAAGCAGCGGAUUCAACUGGCUCGUGCACUCUACCAGGAUGCCGAUAUAUAUCUCUUGGAUGACCCAUUCAGUGCAGUUGAUGCACAUACUGCAACGAAUCUACUGAAUGAAUAUGUAAUGAGAGCACUAUCAGGGAAGACAGUCCUACUUGUGACUCACCAAGUUGAUUUUCUUCCUGCUUUUGGUUCUGUUUUGUUAAUGUCAGAUGGGAAAAUCCUACAUGCAGCUCCUUAUCAUCAGCUAUUGACGUCAAGCCAAGAAUUUCAGGACUUCGUGAAUGCACACCAACAGACUGCUGGUUCUCAAAGGCUUACAGAGGUUGCUCUACCCCGGAGAUGUGAAACCUCUACUGGAGAGAUCAAGAGAACUCACAUUGAGGGAGGAUCUAAUGCGUCUGGACAUGAUCAAUUAAUCAAGCAAGAAGAGAGAGAAAUAGGAAACCCAGGUUUUAAGCCCUACAUGCUGUAUCUAAAUCAAAAUAAGCAAUUCUGGCUCUUCCCCAUAGGUGUUCUCUGUAACAUUGUGUUUAGUGUUGGUCUGACAUUACAGAAUGUUUGGAUGGCUACUAAUGUUGAAAAUCGUAAUGUUAGUACCUCGCAGCUCAUUGUGGUUUACUUGUCAAUUGGAUGUGCCUCAACAGUGUUCUUGCUCUGUAGAACCCUUUUGAUGGUUUCCUUGGGCCUUCAAUCAUCAAAAUCUCUAUUAGCACAGCUAUUAAACUCCUUUUUUCGGGCACCCAUGUCUUUUUAUGACUCCACACCUCUAGGAAGGAUGAUAAGUCGUGUUUCAUCAGAUUUGAAUAUCAUCGAUCUUGAUCUCUUGUUUGGCAUAGUCUAUACUGUUUCAAGCACAGCAGCUGUUUGUGUCAUUCUUGGAGUACUGGCUGCAGUCACCUGGCAAGUCCUAUUGGUUUCCAUACCUACAAUUUAUCUAGCAAUGCGGUUACAGAAAUACUACUACGCCUCUGCAAAAGAAAUGAUGCGGAUCAAUGGCACAACCAAGUCUUUGGUAGCAAACCAUCUAGCUGAAUCCGUAGCAGGAGCUAUGGUAAUAAGAGCAUUUGAGCAAGAAGACAGAUUUUUUGCAAAGAUUCUGCACUUAAUUGACACAAAUGCCAGUCCAUUCUUCCACGCUUUUGCAGCAAAUGAGUGGUUGAUUCAGUGGUUGGUGACACUCUCUGCAACUAUUCUCUCAUCUUCAGCUCUCUGCAUGGUUUUGCUUCCUAAAGGAACUUGUAGCCCUGGGUUCAUUGGAAUGGCUCUAUCUUAUGGGUUAUCAUUAAACUUGUCCCUGGUUAACAGUACUCGAAACAUAUGCACUCUAGAAAAUUACAUCAUUUCUGUAGAGAGGCUUAACCAAUACAUGCAUAUACCAAGUGAAGCCCCUGAAGUGAUACACAAUAAUCGUCCUCCACCCAAUUGGCCUGAUGUGGGUAAAGUUGAGAUUCAGAAGUUGCAGAUCAGGUAUAGGCCCAGCUUGCCACUAGUUCUUCUUGGGAUCAAUUGUACAUUUGAAGGAGGGCACAAGAUUGGCAUUGUUGGCCGGACUGGCAGUGGGAAGACCACGCUCAUAAGCGCUCUAUUUCGCCUUGUGGAGCCAGCAGGAGGGAGGAUUUUAGUAGAUGGCCUUGAUAUCUCUAUGAUUGGACUUCAUGAUCUACGUUCACGUUUUGGGAUUAUACCUCAAGAUCCUACUCUUUUCAAUGGGACUGUAAGAUACAAUUUGGAUCCCUUGUCUCAGCAUACCGAGCAAGAAAUAUGGGAGGUUCUUGCUAAGUGUCAACUUCAAGAGACCGUUCAGGAUAAAGAAGAGGGCCUAGACUCCAUGGUUGUAGAAGAUGGAUCGAAUUGGAGCAUGGGGCAAAGGCAAUUGUUUUGUCUGGGACGUGCUCUAUUGAGGAGGAGCCGAAUACUGGUUCUUGAUGAAGCAACAGCAUCAAUUGACAAUGCAACUGACUUAAUUCUACAGAAAACCAUUCGGACUGAAUUUGCAAAUUGCACUGUGAUCACAGUGGCUCACAGAAUACCAACUGUGAUGGAUUGCACCAUGGUUCUUGCAAUCAGUGAUGGAAAACUGGAAGAGUAUGACAAGCCAGCAGAUUUGAUGAAGAAAGAAGGAUCCUUGUUUGGGCAGCUUGUCAAGGAAUACUGGUCUCAUUUUCACUCUGCUGAUUCAUAUUGAAUCUCAUCUAAUAUAGCUGUUCUCACUUGGGCUCUUGUAGGAAAGAAGUAAACAGGAUGAAAAAUACCAUAAUAAGACUAGUCCAGGAUCAGAUAGGAUAUCAGUCAACUUUUGAGUGAUUUCCAAACAAUUCAUGGCAGAAACUAACUCCUGUAUUUUUUGCAAGCCUAAAUCUCAGGGCCCUAAAUUAAUCAAGCUUACUUAAGUCAAAA